CAACAAACCGGACGAUUGACGGUAUUUUCAAUAAAAAUAGCUUUGGCAACUAUUUGUGCUGGUAAACUUGUUGACAAACUUCGAUACGUAUUCUCACAAAUUUCCGAUUCAACCGGUAUAAUGGAAUGGGAUAAAUUCAGUGAUUAUUUACAGCAAGUUUUAUCAUUAGCCACCGCUGUGUUUGAGGGACCAACAUUCGGUUACUCUGAAACUGCUUUGCAACAGUGCUUUCAAAAGGAUCAAAAAGUGAAUUUGAAUAUGUUUUUGGACGUUUUGAUGUCAGAUCCAUGUCCACCAUGUCUAAUGUGGUUACCAUUACUGCAUAGGAUGGCCAGUGUCGAGCACGUCUAUCAUCCGGUUAUUUGCGAUGCUUGUCAGGUAUUUGGAUGA